UCAUGAAGUGACAUUUUCACAAAUUCAUCCUGGGGGCCAGAUUGGACCCAGUGGUGGUCCGGGUUCUGGCCUGUGGGCCAUAUGUUUGAUACCCCUGUUAUAGUCAGUACAAGCAUGCAAAUUAUACAGAACUUGCGUGGUGUAAAUACACACAUAUACUGAACUUACAGUCCAUACAUUAAUAAGUAUGUACUGUAUGUGUAUUAUUCUGCUGUACAGAAUUUAAAGUGUGUAGAACAACUGAAAUGAAGGGAUCAUAGACCUGUCUGACUUCCUGUGUGUGUGUGUGUGUCUGUGUGUAUGUGUGUGUGUGAGAGAGAGAGAGAGAGAGUAAGACACCUACAGUGCAUGCAGCAUACCAAAUGUCAGAGCCGGACUCAUCGCUGCCCUGAAUACAUCACAUACCAAUCAGUGGCGAGGGAGGUGCAACAGCUUUUAAAAAGGUUUUGUUUGAUAAAUAGUCAACAUUUCCUCUUCACACCAGACCCGAACACAGACGGACACUCCGGCGCUCAACGACAACAAACUCUACAAACGAGGAUGGGAAACUUCCUUCAGCCCGUCAUCAUUCUCUUCUCUCUGCUCGUCUCAACAACAGGUGCUGUGCAGGUGGUUUAUGCCCAGGUUGGAGAGACGGUUAACCUUAAGCCUCUAGAGUUAAAAAAAUCACAUAAUUAUGUGUACUGGACAUUUAUGGACCUUCAACUUGGCUGGCGCAAUCACUUCGGUGGAAAGUCUCUGACCAACGAUAAGGCCUGGAAUAAUAAGCUGCAAAUGACUGACGACUCACUGAUCAUCCAAGACAUCCAACAAGAAAACUUUGGCACAUUUCAAGUGUCAGUGUCAAGUCAGUCUCCGCUCAUCUCGACCAUCUCGACCAUCAUACUUGUCAAACUUGAGGUGAGUAAGAGCCCCGCGUCUCCUCUGCUGCCUGGAGAAUCUCUGUCUCUCCAUUGCAGCGCAGAAGUUAGCCAGAAGCCGGAGAUUUACUGGUUGGAUCCCACAGGACAGAGAAAGACAAAUAAUGAUGGCAGUUUCUCCACAAGAGUCACAGGCCAACACAAUGGCGAGUGGACUUGUGUUGUCGCUCAACAAAAACAUGUCAAAAUGUCCAUCACAGUUGUGGAUCUUUCUCCAGCUCCUUCACAUGCUCAGUAUACGUCUACAUCUAUGCCCGUCACCAUCCCCUGCUCUCUCUCUCCUCACAUCACCUGGGAACAAAUCAAGGUUAAGGGCGUCGAGGAAGUUCACUGGCAAUUCUUCCCUCGGCAGUCUUCAGGUGUCAGUGCUGUUAAGGCACAGAGGCUUUUCUUCCUCUCGCUGGAGUCGAUGCUUUUCACUGCAGAGCGAAACAGAGACCUGAGGCCUGUUCUACGGCCCACAACAGGAAAUUUCACUUUGACCAGAAAGCAGGGCAGAGAAGAAGACGCAGGAGACUACGUGUGCACUGUGAAAUUCAAAAAUGGCGUGACCCUGAACUCGACUGUACGCGUGGACGUGCUGCAGAUCAUGGCCUAUCCAGGAGCAGACUUACAUCCCGGCCAGCUGCUCAACCUGACUUGCAGCAUUGGCCAUCCGCUGCCCUCUGACCUCAGGCUGCAAUGGUCACCACCCAAACAUUCACCUCAGGAGUCUGUCCAUCACUCUGCUCAUCUCACCAUCCCAGAGGUUUCCACAGGAGAUGCAGGAAAUUGGGGGUGUUCUCUGUGGGAGGGCAAAAGGCGACUGACGUCAACUGUGAUAACGCUGAGCAUCGAACACAGACUGAACGUGUGGAUGUUGGUGAUCAUAUGCGGCGCUGCAGUCAUCGUCAUCCUCCUCGUCAUCCUCAUUGUCAUCCUCUAUCGACGCAGAAAUCGGAAGAUGAGACACCUCAGGCAUCAACUCUGUCGAUGCAAACACCCCAAGCCCAAAGGAUUUUACAGGACGUGAUAAAUCUCCCACAUGGACAUUUUUAAGAGGACAUGGCAACCAAUUAAAUUGCUGUCUAUGAUGAGGUGGAUUUUUUUUUUUUGGGUCAUAUCUACAAACUGUGGACCUCUGUUCACAGACAAAUGUAUCCUAUAGCUGUACAUAUCACACAACUUGGAUGUUUUCAUGUUCAUAUUGUAAGAGAAAAAAAAAUCCAUUCAGUUCUAUUCAUUUUUUGUGAUCACUCUUAUCAGUUCCUGUUUAUAUUCAGGUCUUUUAAGAGUAAUUGCUAUGUGAUUUACAUGUGUAUUUUAUGAUUCUCUAUAAAAUACUGCAUUGGCUUAAAUACCUGCUGCUAUAAAUAUGUGCAUGUGCAUAUUGUUGACAAUUAAACUUUAUUAUUCAAAGCAGAACAGAAAUAUGUUUACUUUAAGAUAUAAAGAAGUAAGAGCAUUGAACAAAACUGUCAAAAAUGUGUAAUGAAGAUUUUCUGUCACUGUGGUCCCGGGCCCCUGCAGUUGUGUGUGUGGGGUGAUGAGGCCAUCAGUGGAGUGAGGUGGAAUCUCUCCACCACCACACAGUCCUCUCCUCAUCUGGCUCUGACUUCAACCUGUCUCACAAUCAAAAUCAGUGUGUUCUCUAAUGUGUGUGUGUAUGUGAUUGUGAAUUGGCUCUGACAUGCUGAAACGCCCGAGUGGUUGUCCAUGUGUUUGAAGAAGAUUGCGUCACCUGAAGAUUGUGUACAAUAAAAUAAAAGAAACAAAAACUUUUUUCAGUUACCAACAUGAA